AUGAAGUUCCAAAUCAUCGUCGGGUCUCUGGCAUCCCUUGCGGUUGCAGCCAUGGCUGUUCCGGUGGAAAACGUCACGGAGCGUGUGGUAUUCAAGGGUGAUCAACUCAAGGGCCUGAUCAACGUUCUAAGGAACAACGGAAGACCAGACAUUCUUGCCCCGGAUCAAUCUAUCUCUUGCACUGUGGCUUACACUCUUGCGCUAAGUACUUACCCCUUUGACCUUGUUUAG